AUGGAAAGGAGAUAUAUACCAGCUCGUGCCACGAGAAUACAGAGCCAUCAAAGACUGUUUGCUUGUCCUCGGCUUUCUGUAUCAGGGAAUUUUAAUUUCACUUCUAAAACACUUGUUGCAAAAGAAUUAGCGUGGAUUGGGGACCAAAUUGAACUCAGAAGAGGAAUAUCUGGGAGACUGCACACGCCAGGACUGAAUAUCCCAAGGUUAGUAGGAAGAAGCCUAGCGGUUGCUGGAGAUCUUUUGGACUGUAAAUACAAGCACGGCUAUGUAAGAAGAAAUGAUAUGUUACUGCGACUUCUCUGGAGAGGCCUUAUAACAGAUGACGUUAGUUUGGUUUUUUUAACAGCUUUACUACAAAUGUGCUACCUUGGACUUCACCAAAUGUGGCAAGAUUUGGUCUUGUAA